AUGGCAGUAUCGAGCGUCAACCGGAAGGCGGUGCAGCGCAAGUACCGGGACAUCAUCUACCGCACGCAGAUGCCCAUCCUCAAGCAGGACGUCGAGACAAUGUGGCAUCGGUUCGACUUCGGGCUGGAGCUAAAGAACUACGUGAUAAGCAGUCUUCUGGACGAGAUCGAUUUUGAAGACUGGCAGGCGUUCUACAACCAGAGGGACCACACAGCCGCCGUCGACAGGCUGCUCGAGGAGAACGAGCGCCGGCUGGUGGAGGUGCGCACGUGGUACGAGGCGGAGCGCGACCGCCUGCUGGCGGCGGGGGCGGGGUUCCGGCGCAGGGCGGAGGAGGCGCAGCGCCACGGCGAGGAGGACCUGGGCGCCACGCUGUGGCGCAUGCGCGCCGAGCACACCGCCGCCACCGCCGCCUACCACGACGACGCCGAGACGCGCACCUGCGAGCUGCGCAACGAGUACAGCGACACGAUGAACCUGAUGCGGUCGGAGCGCGAGCGGCGCGUCAACCUGCUGUGGGCGCGCUGCCACGGCACCGUGGCCGACUACCGCCAGCGCACCGCGCAGCGCCGUAAGGAACACGACCGCCUGCAGCGCCUCGACAGCGACUCGGGCGACGACCGCCUCGCCGACCUCUACGAAGAAUUACACGAUCUGCAAUUGCAACUGCAAGAAGUCCGCCAGUACCAGUCAGAUCGGCUUGGUGUGUUACGAAAGGAAAGGGACAACUAUGGAACAUUGUACACAACCCUUAUGAAUGACAAGGAGGCGGGCACCCUAACUGACAAAAAGCAAGCUAUGCACCUCGCUGUAUGUUGUGCAGCCACCACCAAGAGACUGCAACAGUUGCAAAAGAAGGCAGAACUUAUCCUGGAGUUGACAACUCUUUGCCGCAAAUAUGAGCUGCAAGAGGAGAAAGUGGUACCAUUUCAAAAAUCUUCAGUAGAAGUUCCAGAUGCUACAGGACAAGAGAUGCAAAGGGCUAUGAUAAUGGAGCAGUUACAGGGGACAAGUGACACUCUUACUCUGAUGGAUCAUUUCUGGCAAAAAGUUGCAAAGGUGCAAAUGCGUCACACAGAGUUACAGCUGGUCCACAAUCAACUCCAGGAAGAGAACAGAGAACUGAGACAAGCACUGUGCAAUUAUCUUCAAGAACUUGCUCCUCACAAGGAAGUACAGCUACCAUUCUAA